UAAUAUCAAAAUAAAACAUGCACUAUGUAUUACGGAUUGUAUUUUUAAUUUUUACAAAACCUAGUUCUAAUUUUAAACAUUUCAGGAAGCUAUUUUAAUACUUUCGUACAGGUAAAUUGUAAUUAGAAGAUUCAAGAUAGCUCCAUUAUUAAUAAUCAAAUAAUCAAAUAAUCAAUUGUCAUUAUUAAUUGUACAUCAUGGGACGAAAGAAAAUUAGUAUAUCCAAAAUCACGGACGAACGGAACCGUCAUGUGACUUUUAAUAAACGCAAAUUUGGUGUAAUGAAGAAAGCUUACGAGUUAAGUGUAUUAUGUGACUGUGAAGUAGCAAUCAUUAUCUUCAACAAGUCCAACAAGUUGUACCAAUAUGCUAGUACAGACAUGGACCAAGUAUUACUUAAAUACACUGAAUAUAGUGAACCACACGAAUCACUGACAAACACUAAUAUUAUUGCUCAACUAAACAGAAGAGGAGGAGAAGGUCCUAGAAGUUCAAAAUCUGUUGAUUCAUCUGUUAGUGAUGGGGCCAAUACAAAUACUCAACCAAAACAAUUUAAAGUUAUGUCCACUCCUAGAAUUAAACUUAAACAUAAUGAUAUUUCUGAUGAAGAAUUCAGAUUACUUAUGACACAUGGAGGGAGGAUAAUGGAUGAUGAAGAUGACGAUGAUGAUGAUGAUGAUGAUAGUAAUGGCCUUGAAUGUGAGCUUAUUCCUGACAUGCCUAAUAUUCCUGGCAUUCCCCCUCACAAAGUUCCAGAAGCUUUAAGAAAAAUACGAGAGAAUAACUCUGUUGAAAAUGCUAAGCGUGUUACUUCCAGCGACUCUGAUAUGAGUGAUGACGAGUUAAAAAUAGACAGUGGUGCUGAUGAUGAUUUUGAAGAAAUAGAUGACAACUUACAUAAGAAUAUUGAAAACUAUAUUUCUCCAACCACUUCGCGACAACAAACUCUGCCUAUUAACCCAACAACUGAUAAAAUUAAAGUCGAAAAAAAUGAUGAUGUUGAUAUUGAAAUAAUYGAAGAUGACAAUGAUCUUUGUGAUGAAGUGAAAAUCUCUAACAGUCCAAAAGCUACAAAACCACAACAAUUGAAACAAAAUAUUCCAAAACCACAAUUACUAUCAGGUUUAGGCUUAGUUCAAAAUAAAUCACCAAAAAAUCAAUCUAUAAAUGUGCGAUACCGCCCUUAUAAUAUUCUACAAACCUCCAAGAAAAUGGUAAAAAUACCACCACAAAAAUCUUUAGAAAUCCGAAGUAACAUAACACACAAUGGACAGUCUCCAAUACAGCAACGGAGAGUUUAUGCAGGAUUCAAACAACGUUUACAGGUCAAAAAAGAUUUGCUGACGUCUCCUGAUAUUAAAAUCAAUAGUGCACAAAUAUCAGAAAGUAGUAAUACAAAUGAUUCUUAGAAUUAUGUGUACAUUUGAAAAUUAUAACAUUCCAAACUUCAUUACUUUUAUUUUWAAAAUUUUUUUUUAAGACUGUA